UCACGUGUACUUAACGCUGCUGUUGACCCGGAAGUACAUGUGGCUUCUCUCAGUUACACGUGUGGAAGCAUCCACCAUGGGGAAGUCCAAGCAAACGGGAAAUCACAAGAGUGACAAGAAGAAGAACAUUGCGAAGACAUGGAAGACCAAACGCAGAACCAAAGAUUUAGACCAGAUCCACUCAGACAUGAAGCCUGAGACAGCAGCCAAACUGCUGCAUCAGGAGGUCGACUACGACGUGACCGGAUGUGCACAACACUACUGCUUACACUGCGCGAGAUAUUUUGUGGACAUGAGAUCCUUGAAGGAGCACUUCAAAACCAAGGUGCACAAAAAACGGCUGAAGCAGCUCAGAGAGGAGCCCUACACUCAGGCAGAGGCAGAGAGAGCAGCAGGGAUGGGCUCCUACAUCCCUCCAAAAACUGUUGAAGUGAAGACACAGCCACUAGAAGAGGACAUGGACUGAGGACUGCUUUAACUCAUGGACUGAUUCACUCAGUAACAGAGGCGUUAUCAAUGUGCUUCUGUUAUUUUAUCUUUGGCACAAAUUCCUGAAGCAUUGCUAAAUGCGUUUUGUGACAAGUAAUGCUUGUUCCUCAGCCAGCUGUGACAUGCAUGUGAUUGUGAAACUUCGAUCACCAGAACUCUGAAGACGUGUCCUUACUCUAUGUGAUGUAAUGCAACAUAUACCGGUGUAAAUACUGACUACAGUUGAACUGUGUGGAAUGAUAAUAAACUAUAAAUUGCAUUA